CUGCUUUCCGUAGAAGUCCCCUCAGCUGCUGUUUUGUUGACAUUUUUCUGCCUCUGCUGACUGGCCGUAUGUUAGCUGCUUACAAACACUUUAGCACAAACGUACCGACAGCAUGCCGGUAUCACAGUCUGGACACUGACAUUCCAGAAGUCAUCUCAUACAGUCUGUAUUUUGUUAGAGGGCUAACAGCUCAGGAUGGGCAGCUUUCUACGAGAGCUAAGCUAACGCUACAGCGAACAUUAUUCAACUUAGCCACAUUAUUGCACCGCGGAAAACUCAAUUAUCCGAUGUUAAGCUAAUCAUGGAGGGCAUUUUGUACAAAUGGACGAAUUACAUGACAGGCUGGCAGCCCCGCUGGUUUGUCUUAGAAAACGGAGUCAUCUCGUACUAUGACAGCGAGGAUGACGUGGGUAAAGGAAGCAAAGGAUCCAUCAAGAUGUCUGUGUGUGACAUUAAAGUGCAUCCGACAGACACAACACGGCUGGAGUUGAUAAUCCCUGGCGAGCAGCAUUUCUAUGUGCGAGCUGUGAAUGCAGCAGAGAGACAGAGGUGGCUGGUGGCCUUAGGCUCGUCUAAAGCUGGAACUCUGGACAGUCACAAAAACAGAGGUCCAGACUGUCUGAGGACAAAGAUGUCUGAACUCCGCCUUUACUGUGACCUCCUGGUCCAGCAAGUCCAAACAAUCCAAUCACAACACACUGCUGACACAGAGACCACGCCCACAUCUGAGGCCUCUCUCCUCAGUGCCACCUGUGCAACUUUCAUCCGGACUCUGGAGGAAUGUAUGACCCUGGCAAACCAGAGUUUGACUCCUGACCUUCGACCUCCCGAAAGGAUGAAGAGGUCCAUCAGUCACCCUGGAACAUACAGCUUUGACAGGUCAGGUGUGCUUAAGGAGUACAUCAGUGGAGGUCAUAGGUCAGGCCAGCGCAGGAACAGGACCUGCUCAGACAGCUCUGUUUAUGAUACAGAACGCGUACUGUCUGGUCUGAAUGGUGACUCCUUAUCCAUUCCUGAGGAGAGAGGCGGCGCUGUGAGCCCCAAGACCACGCCCACUGACACAGAUACAGACCUGUCCGUGUGAAGCGCCUGACGUCCGUCCAGACAGCGAUGAGCAGCCGUAAAAAAGGUCAACAGCAGGAUGAGAUCGACGUCUGCGCCGGCUUCAGCUGCGACGUUUUUGUGAUUAUCCCAUAAAACUGAGGACACGCUGAAUGACAGCUGACCCCCUCUAAGAAUGUCCUCCUUCGGUUUUUCCUUUUCUCUGAAAUCAGCUGACUGCCAAACAAAUGCACUUAGAAAACACUGACUGAUUUUAGCGUUAAGGCUUUCUGUAAGUGUUUGUUUCAGUUGCACAGACCCGAGACAGUGUGACUACAAAGUGUUUGAGGCUUUACAUUGGACAUUGGAACGCUUCACAUCAGGUUCACGUCUCCGCUUUAGGGUCUUAGAGAUGAUGUGACAACGGUAGCCUUGAGGUACAGGAGAAAGAGAAGGAAAACUGCAGUUGUUGUUAAUUUGUUAGUGGGUUCAGUGGUAAAGAUGAAGACUGUGAUUGUAGUGAGCAGCUCCAUGGUAAAGUACGACUUCGAGCAACUUUGAAUUUUCGUUUUUGUCUUUGUUUUCUUCUUCGAGUUUUGCUUGAGUGCUCAGAUAUUAUCACAGAGCCAAGAGAUUUGUUGGAGUUUUAUUCUCUGGGGAUGGUGGAAUCGUAAACCAUCUUCCCAUACAGAGUCUCCAGAUAAAA